CCUCCAACAAUGCGCACAGAGAAGCGCGAGCCUGCUAUUGAGCAGGAAUCAGAAGAAAAUGGUGCGCGGCUUAGACAUCAUUCGGAACCUCAACAAGGAGAUCCCGUCCCAGAUGGGGGGUUUGUCGCUUGGCUCCAUGUUCUCCUGGUUCACAUCGUCUUCUUCAACACCUGGGGCGUCGCAAACGGCUACGGAAUCUUCCAGCAACACUACACUGAGACUUUGAACGAGUCUGAGUCGUCCAUAUCAUGGAUCGGCAGCGUCCAGGUUUUCCUCUUGUUCUUUAUCGGGGUACCUGCGGGACGCUUGACCGACGCAGGAUAUUUCCGACCCGUCUUUUUCUGCGGAGUGUUCCUGCAGGUACUCGGCCUCUUGAUGACCUCUUUCUGCAAGACCUAUUGGCAAAUCUUCUUGGCACAGUCCGUUUGCUUGGGCUUGGGCAAUGGCGCCACAUUCUGUCCGGCUCUCGCUGUUCUCUCUCAAUAUUUCGAAAAGCGCCGGUCUGUUGCUGUUGGCCUAGCAGCGGCUGGUGCGGCGGUGGGCGGCCUCGUGUAUCCAGUCCUGAUCCAUUGGUUGAGCAUCAAUCAUGCUGUCGGCUUCCCAUGGGCCGUUAGGAUUUCGGCCUUUAUCAUGCUCUCAACCUAUGUCCCUUGCCUCUUGUGGUUCAAACCACGACUCGCACCCAGGACGAGCGGACCGUGGAUUGAUGUAUCGGCUUUUCUCGAGCUUCCAUUCAUAUUCUUUUCGCUCAGUAUGUUUCUCAACUUCUGGGGACUUUAUUUGGCCUUCUUCUAUUUGGGAACGUUUGCCCGAGAUCAGAUCGGUGUUGCGCAGCCUGUCUAUCUGUUGAUGGUGCUCAACGGCGUUGGCAUUCUCGGACGGGUCCUGCCGACGGUUGUCGCGGACAAAUGGACUGGCCGAUUCAAUGUCCUGAUACCUCUGAGCCUUCUGGCAAGUCUGCUCAUGUACUGCUGGGCUGCUGUGGCAUCGAAGGCGGGCCUCUUUGUCUUUGCCGUAAUCUACGGAUUCAUCGCCGCUGCGCUACAGGCUCUUUUCCCAGGAGUGGCGACGACAAUGACUCCCGAUCCAAAUCGGACUGGGACGAGGGUGGGAAUGAUCUUGGGCUUUGUCAGUUUCGCCAAUCUCACGGGCCCGGCAAUCUGUGGGGUAUUGAUCCGCAAGGACAACGGGAGCUAUUUCGGCGCGCAAAUGUUUGCGGCGUCGUCGAUCCUGGUCGGCGCUUUAAUAGCCUUGGCGGCACGGGUGGCACAAACUGGCUUCGUUAUGCGCGUCAAGGCAUGAGGAUGGAAUAGAUGUGCCUGGCAGUUAGGUCGAUAAGUAACAGUGUCAUAGACCUUAGACGAGAGCAGUAAUGGCGACAUGCGAAAGAAAGCAAGGAGAACGGCUUUGGGGCUUUCAAGAACUCGUAUCCUUCAAUAAGAGAAUCAAUUUAGUAAUAAACUACAAGAUAUCUAUGGGCGGCAAGAUAAGACAAGAAGCUCUUGCUACAGC